CACUAAAAUCGCGACACAUCAACGUAACCUACUGCCGGCAAAGCUUAAUGGCUCUUACCUGCACUGAUCUUAGAGGCACACUCCCCCUUCUUGCCCAAGGAAAAGUUAGAGAUGUCUACACUCUAUCCUCUGAUCAUCUACUGUUUGUCGCAACGGAUCGCAUUUCUGCCUACGAUGUUAUCAUGAAAAAUGGCAUCCCGAACAAGGGCAAACUCCUGACUGCCCUUUCCGAGUUCUGGUUUACUACUGUUCUUAAGGACGUUGGCCUGAACCAUUUUGUUUCUUCCAGCAUGGAAUUUCUCCCGGAAAAACUUCAGAAGUACUCUGCGCAACUUAAGGGUCGCUCGAUGGUCGUUAAAAGGCUUAAGAUAUUUCCAGUUGAAGCUAUUGUUAGGGGAUACCUUACUGGCAGCGCCUGGAUUGAGUACAAGAAGUCUGGGACUGUUCAUGGAAUUCGGGUUCCAGAAGGGAUGGUAGAGAGUCAGGCUUUUGAGAAGCCAUUAUUCACUCCUAGCACUAAGGCUGCUCAGGGUAAACACGAUGAGAAUAUCCAUCCCGAUAAGACCGCACAACUUGUUGGCCAUGAGUACGCAAAGGAGAUUGAGAAGCUCUCUCUUGCUUUGUACACCAAAGCCCGUGACUACGCCGCUGAGAGAGGUAUUAUUAUUGCUGAUACGAAGUUUGAAUUUGGUCUUGAUGAGGACGGGAACGUUGUCCUUGUUGACGAAGUUCUAACCCCGGAUUCGUCUCGGUUUUGGCUUUCCUCUGCCUACCGGGCUGGAAGAAGUCAGGACUCCUACGACAAGCAAUUCCUCAGAAACUGGUUGACUGAGAGUGGAGUGAAGGGGAGACCGGGUAUUGUGAUGCCUGACGAAAUUGUUCUUGAAACAAGCAAGAAAUACCACGAAGCUUAUGAGCUUCUUACUGGCAGUGAGUGGAAGGAGACUUGAGAGGUUGUGAGUGUGUGAGGGGUUGUACGUCAAUUACCUAAAAACAAAAACAAAUAAAUGGCCUAGAUACCAAUAAAAGACCAAUCAUUGAA